AUGUUGCACCUUCACACCGACUCUGUUCUCGAGGUCACCGUCCACUCUGCCCACGGCUUGCAGAAGGUCGAGCGCCUCGGCAAGAACGAUCCCUAUGUCCGCCUCUCCGUCGACGUGGAUAACAGCAAGCAGUACGACAAGUUCAAGACUGAGGUCAAGAGCAACGCUGAAGACCCCUCAUGGGAGCAGUCGUUUGAUAUCCGUGAGAUCUCGGAUAAGCACACCGACCUCUUCGUCGAGGUUCUUGACCAAGACAAGGGAGCCGAUGCCCCCAUCGCUUACACUGCCAUCCCCCUGAACCAGGUCAAGGAGGCCAAUGGCCAAUCCCUCUCGGCCCGCUUCGACCUCUACAACAAGCACGGUGUCGCCCAGGGCGAGAUCUCGUUGACCAUCCGCAUUGUCCAGCCCGGUCAAGAGUCGAGCGGUCGUAUCACCUACGACGGCAACUUCCAGAAGGCCGAGUCUCGUGUCGAUGAGGAGCAGAAGAAGAGGUUCAAGAAGUUGGUCCUCAAGGAGACUGCCUCCGAUGUCGGUGCUGCCGCUGCUAUUGGUGGUUUAUUUGCCGCGGGAGCUGGUCUCUUGGCUGGACACAACAAGAAGGCUGAGGAGGCCAAGAAGCGCGAGCAGGCCUUGGCUGAGGACCAGUAA